GAUGGCCGAUGUUUUCAUGGAGUUCAUGAGAACUAUGGAAAAUCGUUGAGUGUUUUAAAGAAUCCGAUCAGUAAUGUGUGACCAUCGUCAACUGCGUUCUCCAGCUCCCCUGGGGGUGGUGGAUCAUGUGGGAUCUCUAUCAGACAGUUUUGGUGAACUAGUAGAAAAUAGUGACUAUAGUGAUAUUGAUCUCAUAGUGGACGGUGGAGAAUUUCAAGGUCAUAAAGUUAUUUUAGCCGCUAGAUCGGAAUAUUUUCGAGCAUUAUUUUAUGGAGGAUUAAAGGAAUCACAGCCAGGAACAGCCCAGAUAGAAUUACAUGAUGUUCCUGCCACAGCUUUCUCAUUUUUAUUUAAAUAUAUAUAUACUGGUAGACUUCACCUUACAGAGAUUAAGGAAGAAAGUACAAUAUUAGAUAUUCUAGGUUUGGCUCAUCGUUUUGGGUUUGAGGAAUUAGAAACAGCUAUAUCCGAUUAUCUGAAAUCAGUGUUAAACAGUCGUAAUGUCUGUCCUAUUUAUGACCUAGCCAACAUGUAUAAUUUAAUGUCCCUGUGUCUCAUGUGUCAAGAAUUUAUUGACAGAAAUGCUAACGAGAUUCUCCAUAGUGAAUCUUUUCUUUCUCUAUCACAGAAUUCGGUAAAAGAACUGAUAGCUAGAGAUUCUUUCUAUGCUCACGAGUUGGAUAUAUUUAAAGCCGUGUGUGAGUGGGCGGAGUUUAAUAACGGCACAGACCCCACCCCAAUAUUAGACAGUGUCAGGCUACCGUUAAUGACGAUGCCGGAACUUUUAAACAACGUUCGACCGACCAGCCUGGUGCCUGCCGAUUCCAUACUCGACGCCAUCAAAACACAAACUGAAAGUAGAUCUAUGGAGCUGAAAUAUCGAGGAUUAUUAUUACCCGAAGAGAAUAUAGCUACAGCAUUACACGGAGCUCAUGUUUACCGUGGGGAGAUGAAAACAGGGUUAUUAGAUGGGGAUUAUCAUAAUUAUGAUUUAGACCGAGGAUUUUCUCGACACCCAAUAGACGAUAAUAACGGACAAGGAAUCGUGUUAAAGUUAGAUCGUCCCUACAUUCUCAAUAUGUUUAAACUGUUACUCUGGGACAGAGAUAUGAGGUCGUAUUCGUACUAUAUAGAAGUAUCAAUGGAUGAUAAAGACUAUGUGAGAGUUAUUGAUCAUACAGCCUAUCUCUGUCGUUCCUGGCAGAAACUCUACUUUCCUAUUCGAGUCUGCAAAUUUAUCCGAAUAGUUGGAACCCAUAAUACAGUGAACCGUGUUUUUCAUUUGGUAGCUAUUGAAGGAUAUUACACCAAUAAACCUUUUACACUAGAUAGAGGACUUGUAGUGCCGGCCGAGAAUGUAGCUACUAUCAAGAAUAGCGCUGUAGUUAUAGAGGGAGUGAGUAGAAGUCGUAAUGCUCUGAUUAACGGGGACGUCAAGAACUAUGAUUGGGAUUCUGGGUAUACGUGUCAUCAGCUAGGUAGCGGGGCUAUUGUAAUUCAACUAGCACAACCCUAUAUAAUAGGCUCUAUGAGAUUAUUAUUAUGGGAUUGUGAUGAUAGAAGUUAUAGUUUUUACGUGGAAGUUUCUUUCGAUCAUCAAACCUGGACCAUUGUGGCUGAUAAACGACGUGAACACUGCAAAGCUUGGCAGUUAUUGACAUUCGAUCCUUUACCAAUAGCAUUUAUUAGAAUAGUGGGAACUCAUAAUACAGCCAAUGAGGUAUUUCAUUGUGUCCAUUUUGAAUGUCCGGCAGAUUUAAACGGAGUGAAUCCAGCGACAACCCAUCGUGCUCCCGGUAGUCCCAACCAUCCAGUCGUAUCUCCGCGAGAUCCUUCAGCCCCUCAACAACCAGAAAUAGGCGUAGCGGGACCGCCGAAUAACCAGUGUAACCAGAUGCCGCGAGUACAAGGAUUGGAUCAAUAUGCUGUACCUGAUUUUCAACAAGAUACCCCGGAAGCUGAUAGAAUUGAUGCUUUAUAG